UCCACCGGAAACUUCCCCCUGCUGUCCCCAGGUGCUUCCUGGACAGGGUCCACACGGGCCUGCCUCCCACCCGUACCCAGAUCCUUUAACUGCACCCUCCCGUCCCAUAUCCCACGCGUACCCAGGGCACCCUACUCCAGUCCUCAGACACCCCUCCCUUCCCUGAAGAGCAGCCACAGCACGCCCCACCCUGCGCCUCAGGGGCAAGCAGCCGGCUCCACCCCGGGAGGCCGAGCCCCAAGCGGGCCGGCGCGAGUUGCUAUAAAGUGGCAGGCGCUCUGCAGGCUGCACGCCCAACCUCCCGAGGUGCAGCCCCAGCCGCGGCUUGACUGCUGUCCCCCACCCCCCAAAGCGAGGAUUCGGCGGCGGCCAGGGUCGCCCUGACAACCAGCAGCGCAGCCAAUCAGCACAGCCGGAGCCCUGGCUGCCAGAAGAGCACUGAUCGUACUGGCCCACGCAGAGAGGACGUCCUUCAACCAUGCCAUGAAGGAGGCUGCUGUAGAGGCCUUGAAGAGGAAAGGAUGGGAGGUCACUGUGUCAGACCUGUAUGCCAUGAACUUCAAUCCCGUCAUCUCCAGAAGGGACAUCACAGGUCCACUGAAGGACCCCGAGAACUUUCAGUAUCCUGCCGAGUCUGUUCUAGCUUAUAAAGAAGGCCGCCUGAGCCCCGAUAUUGUGGCGGAACAAAAGAAGCUGGAAGCUGCAGACCUUGUGAUUUUUCAGUUCCCGCUGCAGUGGUUCGGAGUCCCCGCCAUCCUGAAAGGCUGGUUUGAACGAGUGCUCAUAGGGGGGUUCGCGUACACGUAUGCUGCAAUGUAUGACAAUGGACCUUUCCGGAAUAAGAAGACCGUGCUUUCCAUCACCACUGGUGGCAGCGGCUCCAUGUACUCUCUGCAGGGUAUCCACGGAGACAUGAAUAUCAUCCUCUGGCCAAUUCAGAGCGGCACUCUGCAUUUCUGUGGCUUCCAAGUCCUGGAACCUCAGCUGACAUACAGCAUUGGGCGCACUCCUACGGACGCGCGAAUUCAGAUCCUGGACGGAUGGAAGAAACGCCUGGAAAAUAUCUGGGAUGAGACGCCACUGUAUUUUGCUCCAAGUAGCCUCUUUGACUUAAACUUCCAGGCAGGGUUCUUAAUGAAAAAGGAAGUGCAGGAUGAGCAGAAAAAGGAAAAAUUUGGCCUCUCUGUGGGCCAUCAUUUGGGCAAGUCCAUCCCGACUGACAACCAGAUCAAAGCCAGAAAAUGAGACUCACAACACUAGAUUCCUUUCAAAAAUGUAGCCAAAUCUAGGUUUCUUUUUCAGGCUUGCUUGACUGGUUUCAGUUUUUAAGAUUUUUGUGUGUUUUUCUUUCUUUCCACAGGGAAUGAAUAGGAGACAGAAUUGACUGUAUUCAUACAUUUUUGGAUAGUUUUAUUCAGUGUAACUGAUUCUUCUGAUUGCUAUCAUGGCCAAACCUGAUUAGUCUCAAGAGAUCACUGAGGAUACAAAGCAGGGAAAGAUGGAGAAAGAUGCGAGGCAAUAUUCUUUAAGGUCCUCUACACAACUGAAUUCCUCUUUUUAGGGAUCCAUUUUUAGGGCUAAAUCUGGCUGGAGAGUAUCCAACUCCUCAAUGAUACAUUUUUCUUUUAAUUGCCCUCUCUGUGGUUUAUGACAAAAGGGAACUAAUUGCUCUAAGAAAUGACUGAAUCUGACACAAGGGACUUGUUUAGUAGUUACUAAUCUGUGCUUGUUUAUGGCACAGGAUGAUACUGGUUUUGAUUACUACGCAGUGACUAAUAUGCCUAAUGUGUGUGUUACUCUUGCUUCGCCUGUUGUUCUUUAUACACAGCACACACCGAUACCUUACGAUGAAUAAGACAGUAAAACUCUCUUCUUUACCUCAAUCUUUUAAUUUCACGUCUGCUGGAAAAUAAACCAACAUAUCUAUACGC